UUCGGUGGCAUAAGCGGAGGCGGGGGUCCAGAAUCACGGGGCUUAGGCCGUCCCGGGCCGCUUACGCGCGGAACACGCGGUCCGCGCGGCAUUACGUCGCGCACCGCCGACCGCGACUGACGUUUGCGAGAGGCUCGUCGCCGCCACCGAUCGUCGAGAUCAUGACGCAGUCUCCCGACGAAGGAAAUGUCAGUGGGUGUUAUGUAGGUAAAGUGCGCUGUUUAUCCGAGUGUAGUAUCGCGUGACGUUAUACCGGAUUCGUGGAAUCGACGUCCGAUUGAUGAUGACAACAACCUGUCGGAAUCGCGACAAAUCAUUCGGACAGUGUCACCGGCGACAGUGGCCCGAGAAUAAAAGAUAAAUAGAUCGAGAAAGGGGAAAGAUUUGUUGGUGACGAUUAUUUUAAUCGAGUGUCGAAAAUUAAUAAAUAUACCGAUAGACAGUGGACUAAUGUACUUUAAAUCGCCGGACUCUCUACGGUCACGCGUCGCGUAAGAAAGUGCAACGGUACAUAGCGAGAAAACAGCUGCCGCGUCGGAUCAUGAAGCAAACCCGGAACCGGUGAUUCCCGCUGGUGACUACAAUGAUCUCGCGAUCGAUCACGAGAAUCAUCGGUGCAAUCGUCGAAAAAGAGGAACGACUGAUCGGUUACGUUCGCCGCGGGAUACGCUGGUAGCGAGGCAAGGAGUCGCCAAGUCGCCUUCGUCGGCGAAACCGUAAGUGAAAUCACGACGUCCCGGCCGGGGAGUACGUGCUUCGGCGACGUGGGGCGGCUACUGGCCGAUGGGAUGCAUCUACCGGUGGGUUCCGUGGGCUGCGGGGAGAAUUACGGCACCGUUGGAUCCCACGAAGGCGCCGGCCCGUGCGGUCCCUCCCUGGCGCCGCUGCAAGGUGUAAACAGCAGGUACCACCAGAUAGACGACGCCGACGCCGGAGGUGGAGGCGGCGAGAUGAGCGAGAGUGCCGCCGUCGGCGAACUAUGGUGGACCGAAAGGCUCGUCGGCGAAGCGCAGGCCGAACACCCUGGAGAACUGGUCAGGACAGGAUCGCCGUAUUUUUUAUGCAGUCAGCUGCCAACGCACUGGCGAUCUAAUAAAACGCUUCCAGUGGCGUUCAAGGUAGUUGCUCUCGGCGAAGUUGGCGAUGGAACCCUGGUGACGGUCCGCGCAGGCAACGACGAGAAUUGUUGCGCGGAGCUGCGAAACUCCACCGCGUUGAUGAAGAAUCAAGUCGCCAAAUUCAACGAUCUUAGGUUCGUCGGUAGAAGCGGUCGAGGAAAGAGUUUCAGCAUCACCAUUACCGUGUCGACAACGCCGCCCCAAGUGGCGACCUACACAAGGGCGAUUAAAGUAACCGUCGAUGGACCACGGGAGCCGCGAUCGAAAACGAGGCAGCAACAUCAGCAAUUUCGCGCGCUCGGUCUAGGACAAAGACCUUUCCUCGACGCGCCGACCUCGUUCAGGUCUCACCUGCGAGAACUCGAAUCUUUCGGGAGGAAUAAGCAUCACCAUCAUCACAGUGGCAGUCACUUACACGACCAGCAGACCGGCAACAAUGUCACCGCGAAUUCGGUUAGCGGUGCCUGCACCAACCCCAACAACACCGACCCGACCGCAUCGCCGGCUUCCAGUACACACCUCGGGGCUACCGGCGGCUCCUCUGCUCAUCAGGAUUGCUACAAACGCAGUCCUCAACACGGCGAUACAGGUGUAGGUACCACGGAAUGGACUUAUCCAUCCACAACGCCGUCUUAUCCGGCACCUCCCGUCAGCAGCAGCGGGUCCUAUUCUCCUUUACCAGGCGGUGCAUUUUCGUAUCCAGGAGAAUCAUUGUCACAUCAUCCAACGACGGAGCCGGUACCGCUGCCAACCGUGCUCUCCUCGGAGAAUCAGCAGGACACCUACACGCCGAACUGCGUGUCCAUGUACUCGGGACACGGCACUUCGCCGACCACCUCUUUGCCGCUGGUACCUACCAGACCCAGCGACCCUGACAUCUUCGCCAGCGGUGGUACGGGCAAUGCGGGUAGUCCGGGUUACCACUACAGUUCUUGGACACCUGGCCCGGCGACCCCGGUCCCGGUGGCCUCCCACAACUACAAUCCCAAUUAUCAAGGUUACUACAACAACCCGAGUCAGAAUUACAUCACAGGCCCGACACCUAUGGUCCUCUAUCCUCAGCUCUACAGCACCGUCAAUCAGAAUCAGAUUCAUUUGCAUCUGCACGGUGAUCUGAGCGACGAACAGGUUACCAUAGCGGGCGGCAAUCUCACCAUCAGCAGCAUCCGAGAGAUCGGUGUGCUUGGAGAAGAGAGUGAACAGAGAAACGACGUAUGGAGACCGUACUAAGGGAGGAAGAGGUAUUUACCGAUAUGAUUUUAUAUCAAAUCGCGUUCUCUUAUCGAACGUGAAUUUUAAUAGCGCGAGUUUCUGAUUGUGGCAAUAUAAUCUCUGAUUAGUGCAGUGACGACAUAUGAAUAUCGACGAACAAAGAUAGCAGAAUGUAUGUCAAAUACUUUUUGGAAAAAAGCGGUGCGUGAGACAUUCCGUUAUUUGCUGCAUGACGCAGCGCUCGAACUCUUUCCAACAUUCGCGCAACCAUCCGCGUGAAUUAACGUAACUGUGAGAACUCAGUUGGAAUAAGCGAUAUCCGGUAUUUCGUAAUAGUGAUCGCGUAUGAAAGUGAAAAUAUUGACUCGUUCACGUUGAACGUGUGAAAUAAAGUAGAGAAACUUUGGUUUAAAAAUGCACAACUUAUAAAAAAUCAACGAGCAGAUCGGGGGAGAUCUCAUUAAUCGAAAGACUAAUCAGUGACUGAAAGAAUCAUCGCUUUAUUCGCUCGAUAUAAAAUCGAGUGGUUUGAUUCUUGAAAUUAGUCAAACGCUGUAACGUUGUAAAUACACAAAUAUUUUCAGAAAUGAAAUAAAGUCUUGCCCGACAGGUUCCUAAAUCCUUUCGCUUGACGUUUUAUGAAAAA